AUGAAGCUCGUUGACCACGUGGUGAGGAGCUUCAAGGUGGCCAAAGUUUUUCGUGAAAAUUCUGAUCGUAUAAAUAGUAUCGACUUUUCACCAAAUGGGGAUACUUUGAUCUCUUGUUCAGAAGAUGACCAGAUCGUGAUAUAUGACUGUGAGAAAGGCACUCAGGUGCGUACAGUCAAUUCUAAGAAAUAUGGUGUAGAUUUAAUCCAUUUUACACAUGCAAAGAACACUGCAAUACACAGCAGUACUAAAAUUGAUGAUACUAUUCGCUAUUUGAGUUUGCAUGAUAACAAAUAUAUAAGAUAUUUCCCAGGUCAUAGCAAGAAAGUUGUAUCAUUAUGCAUUAGUCCUAUAGAAGAUACAUUUCUUUCUGGUUCUUUAGAUAAAUCAUUAAGAUUAUGGGAUUUACGUUCACCUAAUUGUCAUGGUGUUAUGAAUGUUUCGGGACGUCCAGUUGCUGCAUAUGACCCAGAAGGUCUUAUUUUUGCAGCAGGUGUCAAUUCAGAAUUUUUAAAGUUAUAUGAUUUACGCAGUUUCGAUAAGGGGCCAUUUGUUACAUUUAAAUUAUCUCAAGAAAAAGAGUGUGAUUGGACAGGACUAAAAUUCAGUAGAGAUGGUAAAACUAUUUUGAUCUCUACAAAUGGUAGUACAAUUCGUUUGAUUGAUGCAUUUCAUGGUACACCAUUACAAACAUUUGCUGGAUAUUUAAACAACAAGGGAAUUGCAAUUGAAGCUAGUUUUAGUCCUGAUUCACAGUUUGUAUUUAGUGGAUCUACAGAUGGCAGAGUACAUGUAUGGAAUGCAGAAACUGGAUACAAAGUUUGUGUCCUUAAUGGAGAUCAUCCAGCACCAGUUCAGUGUAUUCAGUUUAAUCCUAAAUAUAUGAUGUUAGCAUCUGCCUGUACUAAUAUGGCAUUUUGGUUACCUACUGUUGAUGAAAGUGCAUAAAAUCAAUGCAUCAGACUUUGGGCAAUGCUCACAAGAAUUUAUCUAAUUUUGUGCAAGAUAGAACUGAAAAUGACAUCGGUUCAAGAAAGGAAUGACAACAAAGAAUUCUUGGGUAUUUUAAAUAAGCAGAAAUUGCAUUUACAUUAUAUUCAAAGUUAAUUUAAACCGACGUAUGAGACGCCGGUGUUGGAACAAACCCAAGAAAAAGAAAAUAUGCCUAUAAUAUCCAAGAGAUCGGCCCGCUUGGCUUAUUCGCUUGCUUCGAGUAUGUCAUAUACUGUUUAUGUAUUUUGCCAUCUUUAUCAUCAUCGUCAUAUACUCUGUGGCGCGAUGAACGUGACCAUAAAAUAUCUUGUCAAUAUUUAAAACUAUCUCUUUUUUCAUAAAGUAUACAAAUACUAUUAGUUUUGGAUAUGUCAUCUUGUGUACAUAAUUUCUUCUUGUGUACCUGUGUGUAGCAUAAUGAUACAGAAUUAUCUAUAAAUUAAAUUAUAAAAUCUAAAUUAUAUAUCAUCAAUUGAUAUUUGCAUAAUCAAUAUUAACAUUUUAUUAUGUGUUAUUGAUUAUGUAUUUGAUAAUAUUUUAACAAAUCUAUUAAAUAAUCAGAUGUUUUGAUUUAUUGUCCAACAAAAAUUAUAUAUUAAAAUUACAUAUACAUUAUUAAUAGAAGGUCAUAAACUUAUUUAUAUAUUUUUUAAUUGAACAAUUUUUUCAUUGAAUUUAUUCAUUUAAUAAAUUUAUAAAGCACAAAGAAAGAAAAAAAUAUAUAUAUAAUAUUGUUGUAUUAAUAUUUAGAAGAAGAAUUAAAUUCUCUAUGUACACAUGAAAUUUUACAAUAUUCAGAAAUAUAUGCAUCGUACAUUUAAUUCUAUAGUAAUCAGUUCAUAAAGGCAAAAAUGGCAGUCGCUGAUAUCGCGCAUGGAGAAAUUAUGAUCAUAUUACAUUAACACAUCUCAACAAAUUAGUUUCAUUAAUUAAAUUCUUCAGUGACCGUCCGAAAUCAGGGAUAUUUUUUGUAACCUCAUUAUGAACGGGCGUUCACUUGAAAUUCAAUAUCGUUGCGCGCAAGAACGAUAGAUAUCGAGCUUAUUUAUUAUGCGCAAUAAACGUGUGAAACGUUUUAAAUAGACACUUUGUUGACGGUAGUAAUAUAUCUCGUGUUUCUACGACUUCCAUGCGAUAAAGAUAUAAUAAUUCAGAAAAUAUACUGCCAAUGUUGGCACUUAUGUUAUUGUAUAUGUAUUAUUCUAGAUAUGAUAUCGGUUUUAAUCUACAUGCGUGGAACCGGCGGGCCGGGUGAAAAAACAUUCGAUGAUAGUAGGAAGUGCAGUUAAGUCUAAUCAUUUCAAGUAGUUCGGUAAAUUUUGACGUUUAUAUCAAUGCGAUACAUCUUAUUAUAAACCAACAGGUGCAUUGGAAAGGACAGGCAGAAACAUAAAAAUCGAAAAAAAAAUUGGACAAUCCAUCUUUUUUAUACUAUGUAAUUGUAUUAAUUGUAAUUAAAUAAUGAAAUUGUUCUGUUUUAUUGUAUAUGUAAAUUUAUAUAUGAUGGAUUAUCGAAUUUAUAUUAUUUACUUAAGUUAAAAAAAUCUGGAUAUUGUAAGAACACGUCAAAAAAAUAUUUCACAAAAUUGUGUGUAAUUUAUACUAUAUAUUUACGAUAGUGCUCGUGUAUAUUCUGUCUGUUCGAUUAUAUAGCCCUGCCUUCAUCAUACGUGUAUAUAUCAUUAUAUUCACAGUGUCCUCUAGAAUUUCUAGACGUUUUCCUUAACAUACCUUAUGCAAGAGUAGGUGGUUAUACUAUUCUAUACGAAAAAUGCGCAUAUAUGCGUACGUGUAUGAUUGGUUGCAUAUUUGUGAAUUGUCUAUUGAUUCUAUAAUGAUGUAUGAGUGUAUGUAUGAAUGUCUCUUUGUAUGUAUUGUAUUCGCUUGUAUAUCUUCAAGUUCGGCGAGCUCUUGAAUACAUUACGUAUACGUCAAUGUUUGAGAGUUCGUUUCAUUAUGUAAAAUAGUAUUUUUCUAAAUGGCGAAACAGUGUACGCGUGCAAAGAUUGCGAUUUACGUUAGAAUUUAACAAACUGAAGGGAUACGAUUGUUAUUUAAAAAUGUGUCCUAUGUAAUUAAAAAAAAAAGAAAUGUUAAAAAAAAAUAUGUUGAUUUCAUGAAAUGGAUUAAAGUUCACUGAGUACUGAAGAAUAACUCAACGAAAUCAAGUCUUGAAAGUAUCGUGAUCAAUCCACGUAUAUAGAUUAAACAUUUUCAUACUGCCAACUAUAAUUGAGUAAAUGUUCAAGCCAAGAAUAUCUCGGAUACGAAUUUCUAUAAUUCGUGUAACAUGCGAAACACUGUGUUCCCAAUCGGAAAAAAUGACAACUUGUAUAUAUUCUAACAAGUUAUGACGGAAUAUCAUUUAAUUGAUAAUUAACAUUCUUCCGUGAUCGAAAAAACCGAAAUCUGAUUGAUUAAUCAGAUUUUGAAAUGAUUAUAAUUUCAUACAAUUGUUUUCAUAUUUAAAAUAUCAAUCAGGAGCGUAAAUAAAUAAUUCCUUUCUAUUAAAAAUUUUAAAAAAAUUCAUAACAUUUUAUAUAUAAAACAAAAUGAUAUAUUUCUUUUUAACAUCAAUUUUUGUUUAUUGUUUGUAUAUUUACAUUUUAUUACUCAUAACAAAGAUACAUAAUCUAUAAAAAAAGAUAUUAUUUUAGCGAGAAAUUGUUUACUAUUUACUCAUUUAGUUCAAUUUUUAAUACAUUUAUUUAUUUAGUAGAAGACAAAAAAUAUGUCUAAACUAUAUAUCUAAUUUACGCUCCUGCAUAAUCGUUGAUUUAUGCGACUACUUAACAUAGGGAUUUAGAAUUGCGUUAAGAUUAAAUGUAUAUCGUAUCGAAAUUGAAUGAAUCUUAACAAUUAGUACAAUUGGAAGAACGUUUUAUUAAAAUGCAUGAAACAAAAAAAAUAAACAAAAACUAAACAUGAUUCAUAAAGCAAUUUGUCUAAUUGUAUUAUAUAUAAAAACAUUUAUCUAAAAAGUUCUCUUUGAAUAAAUUUUAAAUUUAAAUUUUCCUACGUUAAGUUUUCGUACGAAGUAAUCGUUAUGUUUUAUAGACGAAACGUAGUCACGUUUAAUAAUAAUUUUUAAUUAAAUUUUACAUUAUUCUGCGCAAAAACUAAGUCGAUUAAUUAACACCUAUUAUACGUAAUACAUUAUAGAUUUUUAGAGAACUAGGAACAUACAAAAACAACAAAUAUAAUGUGUCAUUUUAAAAUAUAAAUUUCAGUUGAAAGACUGCAGUUUCUUCCAAUAAUAAUUUAGAGUACGCACAUUUUUUUGUUAUUUAUAUGUUUAUAUUUUAUCAUAACUCAACUGCAUUGUAAGACUUUCAUUUUUUUUAAUUGUUAUAAACAAUUGAAUAAGGAGUAAUAUUAAAAUAUUCUUGAAAUAUAAUUUCAAGUCAUAGGAUUUUGAACGUGUGUACUCAUAAUUUAUUUUUUCAUUGUAAACUAUAUAAUUUUAAUCAUGUCUUGUGCAUAAUAGAUGUAAAAUGAAUAAGAUAUAUGAUUAUGCAAUUAAAUAUUUCUUAAUGAAUAAAAAGAGAUUUUUCACAUUACAUUUUAUGAAAAUUAUAAGAAUUCGAUUUUUAAGAAGACAAAAAAGUUUUCUGAUUGCAUUUAUCUAUGUUCCAGUUCACUAAUUAUAAGUCAAAAUAAUAUGGAAAGAUUUUUCCCACAUUAAAUGUAACAACAUAUCAACGUUAGAAAAUUUUAAUUAAAUCUUCUUAAACAUAUUCAUAAAAAAAUUUGAUAACCGUGUGUCGAUUUAAUCAUUCAUUGCGCAGAUAAUUUUUUAUUUUCCUUAAAAACUAUUUGAAUAGAACACAUGAAAUUUUACUAAAAAAAAAAAAUUCUAAUAAAACACUUUUUUUGUACAUUAAAA